GAACACAAAAAUAUCAAUAGAUAGAAAUGUGCAUUAAAAUUAUAAAUGAAAAUAGCAAAUGUAAAAUUUAAACAUAAUCGGAUAAUCCAAAUCAAAAAAUAAAAUUAUAGAUAUUUAAGCGUUGUUUAAAAUUUAUAUUUUCAAAAGAGGUGAAUCUAAGUUGAAAAAGGAAUUAAAAAAGGAAAUAUAUUCAAAAAUAACAAAUUCAGCUUAAUGAAAAUCAAACACAAGCCUAAUUAGAAAAGGAUUCGAGAGAUCUUUGAAAAAGGAAAAAGAAAACAUACAUAUCAUAUCACAAACGGGAUUAUAAUUAAAUAAAAUGGUAAGUAAAAUCCUUAAGCUGCAAGGAUUAGGUUCCGUAAAAGGUGUUAUAAAAAGAGAGUUAGGGUCUUGUUUUUUGUUACUCACAUACUCAUCAUCAAAGUUCUCUGAUAAUUCUAUUAAUAAUGGCGACAACAACAAGAAUGUUCUGUUUCGUGCUCGUGAUGUUUCUAAUGGGAUGUUGUUGCUCGGCAAAAAUCUACAAAGUGGGAGACUCGAAGGGAUGGAGAGCGAAGCACGGUAGCUAUUAUGAAUGGGCUAAGCGUAAGGAAUUCCAAGUGGGGGAUUCUCUGAUGUUCGAAUACGAUGGCAACGUCAACGACGUCACUCAAGUUUCCAGUCGUUUGGAAUACCAAUUCUGCAACUCCCUUUCUCCUAAAGCUGUCUACAACACAGGGCACGAUGUCGUGACUCUCACGGAACCAGGUUAUCACUUCUUCAUCACAUCAGAUCAUUCUCAAUGCGUAGCUGGACAGAAACUCGUCGUUUUUGUCGUCCAUGACCAUCCGAUUCCUUCACCACCACCACCGAGAAAGAUCCUUCCAUUCCGAAAAGAUUACAAGGUCGGUGACUCCAACGAAUGGAGGGUUCCUGAAGAGAGCGACUUCUAUUCCAAGUGGAGUGAGGAGAAACAGUUUCAUGUGGGAGACAAUCUUCUUUUCUACUACAACGACCAAGUCGAUGACGUCCUAGAAAUCAACAGUGAUCUUGAGUUCAAAUCUUGCGACACUAUUUCUCCUGUUGCCGUGCACAAUGCUGGACAAGAUCUCAUAAGGCUAACGAAACCAGGAAUCCACUAUUUUAUUACCUCAAAGAUUGGUCAUUGUGAGGCUGGGCUUAAGCUUCGAGUUGUGGUGCGACCACUAUCCAAAAGUGUUCCGAAGAAGAUGCAGUUGUCACCUUUCGACCGUCUCAUCAAGUGGCUACAUGAUUCCUUCACACCCCACCCCCAUCACUAA